UUGUGAUACCACAGAAGCCCAUGUACACUCAUGUCGAGGCCUGUGUAUAAUCCUUAUGGAGGGAAUCGCGAUGGAGAACGGGGUUCGUCUAUCAAAGACAAGCCCAAGUUUUUUACAUGCAAACUCCACAAGCCACACCUGGAUAUUUUCAGCUAUAGCUGAGCUUAUAGAUAAUGCUUAUGAUCCAGACUGCAAUGCCUCACAGUUGCGGAUAGACAAGAGAAUAAUAGGCCAAAAAGACUGCCUCAUUUUUACUGACAAUGGAAAUGGCAUGAAUCCUGACAAAUUACACAAAAUGCUUUCAUUUGGUUUUUGUGAGAAAGUUGAAAUCAAUGGCCACAAACCUGUAGGUCAUUAUGGCAAUGGUUUCAAGUCGGGCAGCAUGAGACUGGGUAGAGAUGCCAUUGUCUUCACCAAACAAGAGGACACUAUUAGUGUUGGCUUUCUCUCCCAAACAUUUCUGGAAAUGACCAAUGCAGAAACUGUGCUGACACCAAUAGUAACAUGGGAUUCUAAAAGUCGUCAAAUACUACAUGCUCCAGACACCCAAGGUAGCAUUGAUGCCAUUACAACGCACUCAUUCUUCCAUUCAGAAAAGGAACUUUUAGAUGAAUUUCAGGCUAUUUCUGGGCAGACUGGGACAGAAAUUAUCAUCUAUAAUCUCAAAAGGUCAAGUGAUGGUAUGCUUGAGUUGGAUUUUCAGAGUAAACCUGAUGACAUAAUGAAUCUAGAGCAUGAACAGAUGGACCUGAACACCACAGCCAAUGCUGUGUACAGACCAGUGGUGGAACAUAAACCAGAGUAUACCCGCUCUCUAAGGGAAUACUGUUCCAUUUUAUUUCUAAAGCCUAGAAUGAAGAUCAUAUUGAGGGGGUCCAAAGUUAAAACAAAGCUGAUUACUAAAAGUCUUAGUGAAACUGAAAGCGAUGUUUAUAGACCAACAUGGCUUAAAAAAUCCAUGAAGAUAAUUUUUGGCUUCUCUCCACAAAAGCAGGACUACGGUAUUAUGCUGUAUCAUAAGAACAGACUCAUCAAAGCCUAUGAAAAAGUAGGAUGUCAAAAACAGAACAACUCAUUGGGUGUAGGAGUUGUUGGUGUUGCUGAGGUAGAUUUCUUGGAACCUAUACACAAUAAGCAAGAUUUCAAUAAAACGGACAGAUACAAUGCUUGUAUCAGUGCACUUGGUCGGAAGUUGGAUGACUACUGGAAUGAGAAAAUGCCAGCAGAUGGGAACAACACUACUGUCAACAGAUGUCAAAAACCAGAUUGGACAUGGGUUCAAUGUGACAAUCCUAAAUGUUUGAAGUGGAGACGGUUACCAGAUGGCGCUGAUGACAGUAAUCUGCCAGACAAGUGGUACUGCUACCUUAACCCAGACCCAACACACAAUCGCUGUGACAUUGAAGAAGAACCCGAGGAUGAGGAUGAUGUUUUGAGGGCUUCCUAUGCAAAGACCUAUAAGAAACAACAAAAAUUAAAGAUACAUUCAUAUCAACCACCACAGCAUGUUCAGCAGAUACGAGAAUUACAAAGUAGGGAAAGAUUGCUGCAGAUGAGAGAACAUCAACUGCAGACACUGCAGUCUCAGAUCUUACUUAGGAACAAUGAGGUAUCUAGCUCUCAGGAUAAGGAGCCUAAGCCAUCCAUUAAAGAGCUAGAGAGGGCUAAACGUCAGCUCAUGGAAGCUAAGCGGAGAGAGGAAGAACAGGAAGAAGUUAUCAUGAAAUUAAUGAGGCAGAAUAAGGAGGUUGAAAUGAAGCAGAAGAAGCUGAUGCAAGAAGCUCGGCAGUUGAAAAUUUUGACAAGUCAAAGUGAGGCAUUACUUGCCAGCACCAGUGACCAACCCAGUGUAUCCUCUAGCUCACAAAACAACAGAAAACCCAGAUUAAGUGGUAAUGUAACAGUUGAAGAUAUUGGAGAUGAUUAUAUUGUUACAAGGAAUGAGUCAAGUGAUGAAGAAAUAACAGAUGGUGUAAACAUUACUUCCAAAGCACCUGCUAGAAGACCCAGUAAAAGGAAACGUCAUGAAGGUGAAGAUUCUGAUGUCAUUAUUAUAACUUCUGAUGAUGAAGAUGAUUUACCAGUUUCCAAGAUUUCUCAAAUAAAACGGGAACCUCAAGAUGUUAAGCCAUGUUUAGAGGAGCUAAAUAAUCAAACAGGUGUUACUACAACAUAUGCUAGCUCAAAUGGUGCACAAAAUCCAACUGAAUUGGGAUCAGGUUAUCUGGAAGAAAAUGAAAAUUUAAAACGGGAUUUACAUAACCUUAGAAGGAAUGUUGCAGAGUUGCUCAAUUUCUUAAGCGCAGAUGUAAAGAUAGACUCAGAUAACCUGCAUCAAGUGGAUGCUAUUGUUGAUGAUCUGAAUAAACAAAAUCGCAUGGGGCAAGUGGAGGAAGUUUGACUUUAUUUUAAUCAGCUGAUACCGACUAGUCAGUUCCUGUCACUGAAAUCAUCACCAUGCAGUUACUUGUCAUCAAGUUAAUUUGGUCAAAGAGUCACUUAUUUCUUCAGACUUGCAGUACUAACCAGGACUAAAAUACUCUUUACUUCGAAAAUGAACCUAGUAGGAGCAUUUUUUGAAAAAACAUCUUAUUUUAGCUUGCAUUUUGCUAUAUUAUUACCAGGAUAUGUAGAAAAUGGAUAACUUUUUUUUAAUUUCAAAUUAAGCAAGUCAUGUUUGAAAAUGGUCCUUAUUUUGAAAAUUUAUCCUUUUCUUUUGACUUGAACAUGUGGGUACAUUCGAAAAUCUUGCACAGGCUCUAUCCAAAACUAUGUUGGUUUUUAUCAAUACAGUUCUGUUGAAGUUACAGAACUGCAGUUGUGCCAAAAUAAGCUGCAAUUAGUUAGCAACAUUGUAUUUUUUUUAAAUUAAAAUUUUGUACUUAUAGUAAAUGAAUGCCUUUGCUCCUAUUUUGGUGCUUAUUUAGUAUUUUUCAGUUAUAUUUCUUUUCAAUUAUAGGUAUGUAUAUAUGAGCAGCUGUUCGUAUACACUAUUUCAGCAAUGUUAUUGAAAGUAUAAACAUUUAGUUUAAAGUACCUAUAAUAGCUCAGUGAGAUGCAUCUAUAGGGUCUUUUGACUGAUUAAAAAGACUGCUCAUUUAUCUGUUUAAUACAAUAUAAAACCAUGAAUUCAUAAAAUAUUUCUAGUACGGACCUACCAUUUGGCCAAGAAUUGAUGGCAACACAAGUUAAAAAGUUGUAUGUCAAAGAAUGUGUAUACCUGAAUCUGUGCUAAAAUUAACUUUACUCCAACAUGAACCAAUUUGUAUUUCAAUAUUUAUUUGUGAGAAAUACUAGCAAAUAUCUCAGGGUUACAAGAAAACACUUUUAGUGUGUUGUAUCAUUUUUUGCUAGUUGCAAAAAAUGCAUGUUUUUUGUUUUGAGGGGAAAGCACUCAUGCAUGUAGUUGAUUUUCUGCUCUGGUGAGAAUUGUGUCAUCCUCUUGCUUUUAGAAGCCUUUGUUAGAUUGUUAUAAGUUGCAGGGAUGCAAACCAUACAUGUUUUUCAUGCAAUAUCAGUUGCUGAUUUUUUCUUAAAUAGAAGAAAAAAAUGUAUCUCUGAAAGCAAUAACUUAUGGCUUAAAUCUGUGCAUUGUGACCAGACUGAUUUAUAUUCAUUGUGAAUGACACAGUAGGAAAACUAGGGCUACAAAAGACAAAUGUUUACUGCUGUACUUUUGACUUCUUGAAAGCUUAGAUGUAUAGUACCAUUCUUACAUCUAGUGUGGAAGAAAAUGAGAAAGAUGGAAGCUGGAUGUUAAAAUCAUGGACUAAAAAAGGUUCACACUCUUACAUAUAGCACUAUGGAGUCUAAGACUAUUUAGUACCACCAGCGUGUACGCUGGCGGUACUCAUGGUUUUAGUCCCGACCCGUCUCG